AUGCCUGAUUUUCAAGGUCUUGACCUCACUGGCAAGACUGCUAUUGUGACGGGUGCAUCGCGGGGCAUGGGAUCUGCUAUCGCCAUUCUGCUAGGCAAGCGGGGCGCAAAUGUUGUAGUCAAUUACGUCUCCGAAAGCAGCCGCAGACGAGCUGAGGAAGUGGUUCAUCGAAUUGAGUCCAAUGAGAAUAAGUCAAGGGCAAUCGCCUGCCAGGCCGACAUCAGCAAGACUCCCGAGCUUCCAAAGCUGGCCGAGGCGGCGCUGUCAAUCAGCCAAUCUUCCGAGAUUGAUAUUCUGGUGCAUAAUGCAGCAUUGGGUCUCGAAGCAAAUCUUGUGGAUGUGACCGAGGAGUUCUACCUCAAUCACUUCAACACGAAUGUCAAAGCUGCCAUCUUUCUAACCAAAGAAGUUUUGCCGCACAUUCCACGAGGCGGGCGGAUUGUGUUUGUUUCCUCUGCCGCGGCCAGACUUGGUGUCGCCGGUCAAACCGUCUAUGCUGCCACGAAGGCUGCGGACGAAGCAUUGGUGCGGGUUUGGGCCAAAGAGCUCGGUCAGUCCCACGGACUGACGGUGAAUGCUGUAAACCCAGGGCCGGUCGCCACAGAUCAGUGGUUCGCGAGUGAUGAAGCUUUCCUGAGGGACAUGCAACCCCUAAUUGAUGCUACCCCUGCAGCAGCAAGGGUCGGUGAGGUUGAUGAUAUUGCUCCGCUGGUCGCCUUCCUCUGUUCAGAGGAUGCUAGAUGGACUACUGGCUCAGUGUUGUCAGCGAAUGGAGGAUUAUACAAUUAG